GUUUUGUUUUGCAGGCCACAGUGUGAACGCAUGAAUAGAAAAAGAAAAUUUCUUCUCGCUUCAGUUCUUGCUCUCCAAAAUUCAAGUUUUAUCUACCCUUCCUGUCAAAAGUGCUUCUCUCGGAUAAUCCUAGUCUCCAAAAGGUCUAAUUGUCCAAAAUGUGGUUCUACUGGUGAAGCUAAAAAUGCCAGUUACAGAUACAAACUUUCCAUAAAAGUUGCAGAAUCAAACAAAUUAUUUGCCAUUACUGUUUUUGGAAGCUGCUUAGAUAUAUUUUUUGGUCUUACAGCCACUGAUUUACACAGAUACAUUCAGGAUCCUAAUGAAAUCCCAGUAACACUGGAUAGUGCUGCAACUCAGAAGCUAUUAACCAAAGCAGUUGAAACUUGCUUUGUUGGACAGAGCUUUAUUUUUGGAGUGACGAAUUUUGAAAACCAACAUGGGCGAGGUUCAGAUUCCAGUAACAUCUUAGAACAGCACCCUGAUGGCAGGAGAGAAAUUAGAGAGCUAGUUGCUUGCCAGAUGGUCCUACCAGACCCGGGUGUUGCAGGCUUCACAGUCAUUGACUACUUCCGGCAGCUUUUGCCGCUUCCUGAUUUCAGGAAACUUCAUGGUGGCUCCCAGACACCUAAUAACCACUCGAAUAAUGAUCUCAGCAGCAUAUGUGGCCCUGACAGCAGUUCUUAUUCUUCUGAGUCCCAUGGCAGAGAUAAUUUUUUAAUACUCUGGCAGUCAUCACUUGAACUCACUUCCAUUGUUUCACAGCCAACAGAUGAUAAUUUUUCAGCUUCAGAUCAAAGCAAGUCCACUGAUACUCUUCACCAGAACAGACAGUGCAUUUCCUCGGCAGAGGCCACUGGUUCCAGUGGUUGCCCUGAAGCCAUUCAGUGUUCAUGGAGCCUUGUUUCAUAUAUGGAUAAAGGGAGCACAGCACAAAGGCUGGGUGAAGGACUUGGCCUGCAAGCUGAUCAGUCAAGUGCAGUUCACAGCAACCAUCAUGAUAUUGGAGUUCCUGGCUUUAAUUUAUUCCCCUUGAAAAUGCAAGAGCCUAAUGAGCCAAGUAGUUCAAAGUCCUUCCACAGUGCACUGGAAAUAAAAAACAGGUAUUCCCAGUGUGAGCUGACAUGUCACCAGCAUCAUGAUGUCAACACCACCCUGAGCCCUCAGGAAAGACCUACAUGUUACCCACUUUUAUCACUCAGACCUGAGGAGAUAGCUGGUGGUUCCCAGGAUUAUGACCUCAAGAUUUGGGAUGAUCUGCCAUUGUCUGAAAGUUUAAACAAGUUUCUGGCAGUUAUUGAAAGCGAGAUUGCUAUAACCCAGACAGAUGCCAGCAGUAGGAAGCGUCAUCUAGAUAAUGGCAUCAAUAAAUUGCAUGCAGACCACAGCAGUUUAUCUGUGACUCCCCAGAAAACUAUGGGACCCUUGCAUCCACCACCCAUAGCUUUAAGAUCAUCACAAGCAACCGUCAAAACAAACUCUGGCAAAGAUAACUUCCUUCCUAGCUGUGAAGCAUAUCUAACUCCUAGUGUUCAAAAAGAAUCACAACCACAUGACACAGAGGCUAUCUCUGUUAGUAGAAGUGGAAGAGAUAUUUCUGAAUAUUUUUUGCCAAAUGCUUGUCUGUCAGCUCUGUUUCCAUCUUCAAAAAGUUUAAGAACGUCAUCUUCUCUUAGGAAGUCUACCAGGAGUCCACCACGUAAGGCUGCAAUUUCAGUUAUGUGUAGUACUUCAGAGAAUGACCAUUCUUGGCACAAUAUUAAAUACUUUAAUGGAUGUGGAGAAAAAUCGCUUUUGGAAACAAGUGAAAAGUUGACCACUUGGUGUUCCAGGAGGUAUAAUGAUGUUUCUGACCUUUGCAAUUUAGAAAAUAAACAGUAUAGUAGGUGGCCUGAGAACCAAGGUGACUGUCUUACAAUUUGCAGGAAACUUACAUACCCUUCAGAAGCUCUUUGCAGCGGUCCAAAGAGAAGUACAGAUACAUUGGAAGAAAUGCCUUAUGGACAUAGAGAUAAUAAUUUAACACAAAACUAUUUUCCUGGUCAUGAAGGUAGCUAUGAUGCUUCUGCGGAUUUAUUUAAUGACAGUGCGAAAGAAACAGACAUUGCAGCAGAAAUCACAAAAAAAUCACAGGAUAUUUUGUUACAGUGGGGACAGCCUCUGUUACAAAGUCAUCAUACAGAAUAUGAUUCCUCACUGAGAUCACUUUCUGAAAACUCUAGCCAAUCUUCACAAAAAUUAUCCUUGCAAAACAUGCCUGCCUCCAUGUACCCAAAAACAUGCCCUUCGCAUUUUCCAUCAGAUUUAGAAAGUGAUUUUGAAGAUAGCCAAGACUUUGUUCCAUGUUCACAGUCAACUCCUGUUGCAGGAUUCCACCAAACAAGAAUUCAUGGGAUGAAAGGAGCUUUUGAGAAAUUACUUGCAUUUUGUUCAGAUCUUAAUGCUAACUAUAUAAAUAAAAGGAUUUCCUCUGAAAAUGAGGCGCAGCAAGCCACUCCCAGCUGUCGAAAAAAUAUAAAAACACCCAGCCAGAAAUCCAGAAACAUUGUUAUAUCUAGUAUUACACAACCAGAGGUUUUCAACAACUCUCCUGUUGCUGAGUGCCUUGAAUCUGACAUUGAUGAAUGGGUGCCUCCUACCACAAAAAAAGUAUUUCUUUCAGAUAGGCUUGGAUUCCAAGCCAUGGAUCUAAGGAAAUGUCCUGCUGCCUGUAGUUCUUCUGACCAGAACGCAUUACCAAGAAAGAAACUGAAUCGUAUCAAACAAAGAACCACUAAACGUCUAAUUAAGAAAGAGUUAAAUUUAAACAAUAUGUUUACAGCAGUAGUUACAAACCAGAAAACUCCUAACUAUAACAGGACACACUCAGGGUGGAUUUCCAAAGAGUCAGUUUUAGGACCUGGUUCUUGUUCAGAAGUCAGAUGUUGCCUUUCAUUCCCAGAAAAUGGGCCACCUUCAGUGCCUGAAGCUAAAAAUGCUUGGUCUCCUGAAUUGUUUUCAUAA